CUUGGCGGUGCUCGUGCAAAGUGCUGUAGCGGAACAGCACUAUACCAAUGAAUGGGUUGUGCACGUUGAAGGUGGUGAGGAAAUGGCGGGCAUAGUUGCCCAAGAGUUUGGUUACGUGAACAAGGGAAAAUUGCGAGGUUUCGAUGACCGCUACGUGUUUUCACACCCGGACGCACCCGACAGGUCUAAGCGAACACACAUCGCUCUCACGCGACGUCUCAUACGAGACAACAGGGUCACGUGGGUGGAACAACAGAUGAGCAAGAUCAGGCAGAAGCGCGGCGGGCACGUGACGACAGAGAAGCGGAAACCUAAAGGGGGCUUCCGUGAUCCGUUGUGGAGUCACCAAUGGUACCUACAAGACACAAGAACGACGCUCGAUCUGCCCAAGCUCGAUCUUCAUGUGAUGCCAGUGUGGGAGAAGUACACGGGCCACGGAGUCGUUGUUACAGUUCUGGACGACGGUGUACAUAAUAGAGAACCCCCUAUAGAGGUUCCCUAUUAUCUACUCCUGAUGGUAUCUAUGGCUGUGCUGGUUUCACAUGGAACACGAUGUGCCGGAGAGAUAGCUAUGGUCGCCAAUAACAACAAGUGCGGCGUCGGAGUAGCUUACAACGCGCGCAUAGGAGGUAUUCGGAUGUUGGAUGGAUCUGUGACCGAUCGCAUUGAAGCUGAAGCAUUAGUGUUCAAUCUGUCGCAUGUCGACAUCUACAGCGCCUCCUGGGGGCCAAGUGACGACGGGCGCACUGUAGAUGGACCAGGGCGGCUCGCUAGUGAAGCGUUCGAAAUAGGCAUUACAAAGGGUCGUGCUGGCAAAGGUGUAAUAUACUCGUGGGCUUCGGGAAAUGGAGGCAGUUUUCAGGAUGACUGUGACUGCGAUGGUUAUACGAACAGCAUCUACACUAUAUCAGUGAGCAGCGCCUCCGAGCAUGGUAAAUCACCUUGGUACGCAGAGAGGUGCGCAUCCACGAUGGCUUCCACCUACUCCAGUGGCGCAUACACCGACCAGAAGAUCGUCAGCACUGAUCUUCAUAACAAGUGCACGACUGAGCACACAGGAACGUCCGCCUCGGCACCACUGGCUGCCGGCAUCUUUGCCCUUGCCCUCGAAGCAAACCCGAAUCUGACAUGGCGAGACAUGCAGCAUUUGGUUGUGUGGACCUCCGAGUACGCUCCUCUGUCUGACAACCCAGGCUGGCAGACGAACAACAUCGGACUGAAGGUGAACACGAGAUUCGGAUUCGGUCUGAUGAACGCCGCCGCGCUGGUAGAGAUGGCUAACCCACAGACGUGGAAAACUGUUCCCGAGAAGAAAAUCUGCACGGUGUCGGCGGCCAAAGAGAGUCUCCCCAAAUUCAUUUAUCCAGAAAGCCAAAUAGAAGUCGUAAUCGGCGCAGACGGUUGUCAAGGAACUGAUAUGGAAAUCAAUUACAUCGAACAUAUUCAGCUUUACAUAACUCUCGAUUACACAUAUCGUGGCGCCCUCUCUAUUUAUUUGAUAUCACCAUACGGUAUGUCAACAUGUCUUUUGGCUUCCCGUGCCGAGGACCAUUCGAAGGAUGGCUUCAAGAAUUGGGCUUUCAUGUCCGUUCACAACUGGGGAGAGAAUCCAAAAGGGAACUGGAGGCUAUCAAUUAACGGCAGCGGCGACAAUAAAGGUUUUCUGGGAGACUAUACGUUGGUUAUUCACGGCACCAAGGAGCAACCUAAUCAUAUGAAAAAAGGAAAGCGCGUUUACAACGAAAACUACAACCAAGUGAAGGACGGUCGGUCGUACGCAGUUGACUAUGUAUUGAUUACGGACGGAGAUGGCGAUACGGACCCGCAGAGGAGCCUGGAUAAUUUGGACGAAGAAUGGCCGUACGUGCUCCGAGAACUAGCAGAGAAGGAAGGACUAGAGCGGGAGAUGAGUGGCGCGACUGUCCCCAGGACGUUAGACACAUCCUGUGGGCGUCUGAGUCGGGAGGGUGCGUCAGGAGCCGCGACUCGAUUGGAAAUCAGCUCUACAGAUACCCUAUCUAACUGA